AUGAAUCCGAGAAGAAACAUCUUUGAUAUUGACCAGUUAGGAAGCAGCUGCACGCUAAAUGAAGUACUGGAUAUUUUACUGGAUGAUCAAGAAGGUGAUGAAAAUCAUUCUUCACCCGAAGCCAUUUUCAUAUCCCCUCCAGAUGCAUCUGUUUUGACGGAUGAGGACUCGGGAGACGAGAAUUGUGUUGGGACCGUUGAAAAUUUAUCAUCUAGGCAAUUACUUUCUGAAGCAGAAGUACAUUUU